AUGUUGAGCUGGGUGGUUAAAGUCGUUCCGCAGCCGCCUGAGCCUCCUUCCAAAAAAGUCUAUGAGAAGAAGGAGGAGGAACCAGCCGCAGCCCCGCCCCCAGUACAGGCCCCUCCCCAAGUCACAGCUCCUCCUCCUGCUGUAUCUACAAGACCUGCACCAGAGAAGAAAGUGACGUUUCAGGAUGAGAGUAAAUCCAAACAGGAAGCAGAGACGGCCGAGGGCAACGGCUCUCAGCCCGGCGUGUUGACGUGGAUCAGUGGAGCUCUGCCUCAACCUGCAGCCUCACCUAAACUGAGCCAGGACACCACGACCUCCACCACGACCUCCACCACACCCCCUGCCACGGAGGAAAACCCAACAGCCAGGAAGGGGAUGUUGGCGUGGUUCGCUCAGGGUUUGGAGAAAGUUGUUCCUCAGCCUGAUUUGAAGAACAAAGACUCUGCUGAGGGUAUAGAGAAGGUGGUUCCUCAGCCAGAGAUCAGUGUUUACUCAAAGACAGACAGCAACCUCAAGACUGAAGCUCCUGCUUCCACUGAAGCUCCACCUCAAGAACCACCACCUCCCUCAAAACCACCAGUUGACACUGCAAAGUCGUCCAAAGAAGCAGAGCAGCAGCCUAAUAUGAUGGGCUGGAUCUUCAGUGGCAUCGGUCGCAUGAUUCCUCAGCCUGUACAGAAGCAGGACACAGGCUGUGAAGUGCAGAACAUUAGCAUCGUGCAGCAGAGGACAGACCUGGUGCUGGAGGACGUAGGACAAGACGAGGACGCAGAGGCGAAGAACGAAGAGAAGACGAAGGUGAGUCUCAAUCAUCUUGUUGAACUAACCACGGACAAAGAGGAUGUAGAGAAGCAGGUGGAUCAACCAACUUCCAGCAUCAAGGAGGAGGCAGGAGAAGCAGUUCUCGCUCACAUGGAUGAAAGAGUGCAGCAGGAGCGUCUGGAGGUGGCCCGGGUCGCAGAGGACAUCGCCAGGAAGGCAGCGGAGGAGGCAGUCCGCCAGCUGGAGGUGGAGCAUUCAGCUAAGAUUCUGAUAGAAACCCUGCCAGAGUCCAACGAACUGCCCAACAUCCUGGAGGAGGAAAAUGAGGAAGACCCUGAGUGCAUGAUGGUCGUCUGUCCAGCUCAAGAUGAUGCUGAGGCUACGACUGCACUGGACAAAGCUGAGGCUGCUGCAAAGACAAUCCAACCGCCCACCGAAUACAAACUACCGGAGGAAAAGACUCCAUCAUCGACAGAUGUGGAACCAGCAUCGAAGAGGAGAGACCUGGAGAGUCCUGUCCCACAGCCAGUCACCCAGCAGCCACAGCCACAAGCUCCUCAGGUAAAAACUUACUUCUUCUUUCAGGGCAGCCAAGCAGCAGCAGCAGCAGACGAAGGGGGGUGUGGAGCCCCGACGCUGGAAGUGGAGGAUGUGGAUCAGGAUGUGAGGCAGGGAAAAGGCCUGAACAUCCCCCAUAUUAUGACAACCCUAGAACCAGAGUCCACUGCUCUGAGUGUCCCCAACGUGCCCCUGUCCAACCUCAGUUCUGCAGAUGAGAAUGAUGAUGAGCUGAUGAGGACUGAUCUCAGGACCUGGCCCGGUCAGGGCGAUCUACUGACCGCAGAUGACGAGAUGCGUCCUCUGUCAGCUGCCAGCGUCGGCAGCGUCGUGAUCCAGGAUCGUCUGAGCGAACUUGUCAAGCUAUUCAGAGGUCGAACCGAGCAUCAGAAAGAGCGACUGGUGGACCAGGACGAGUCGGAGGGAGAAAGUCCAACAGCCUCCCCGAGCAAAGCUCCACCUCCCCCUCCUCCAGCAGAGGAGAAGAAGGAAGAAGGGGCACCAGAAAAAGAAGAAGAAGAAGACGAAGAAGAAGAAGAGGCAUUGUUCCAGUUUAAACUUCUGGGACUCCCAGUACAAAUUCCCAAAUUGCUCAAACUUCCCCCGAUGCCUUACUGGCUCCGAGCCAUCGUGGAGUACCGCUUCCCCUCCAGCAUUGACCAGUUCACCGACCUGAUCUAUGUGAUCUGGCUGUUCUUCGUGGUGGCAGCGUGGAACUGGAACAUGUGGCUGAUUCCAGUCCGCUGGGCGUUCCCCUACCAAACCCCCGAGAACAUCCACCUGUGGCUGCUGGUCGACUACACCUGCGACCUCAUCUACAUCACAGACAUCCUCGUGUUCCAGCCCAGACUGCAGUUCGUCCGUGGAGGAGACAUCGUGUGUGAUAAAAAGGACAUGAGAGAAAACUACAUGACGACCGAAAGAUUUAAGAUGGACGUCAUCAGUCUGUUUCCUAUGGAGAUAUUUUACUACUUCACAGGCGUGAACUCUCUGCUGAGGUUCCCUCGUCUGUUGAAGUACAUGGUUUUCUUUGAGUUCAACGACAGAAUGGAAGCUGUGAUGAAGAAAGCCUACAUCUACAGGGUGAUCCGAACCUCCAUGUACCUGUUGUACUCUCUGCACAUAAACGCCUGUCUCUUCUACUGGGGCUCGGACUACGAGGGAUUGGGAUCCACCAAAUGGGUUUAUAAUGGAAAAGGAAAUGCGUACAUCCGUUGUUACUACUUUGCCGUGAAGACGCUGAUCACCAUCGGAGGUCUGCCCGACCCCACCACCGUCUUCGAGAUCUGCUUCCAGCUCAUUAACUACUUUGUUGGCGUCUUUGCUUUUUCUAUCAUGAUCGGUCAGAUGAGAGACGUGGUGGGAGCAGCGACGGCCGGUGAGAACUAUUACCGGGCCUGUAUGGACAGCACCGUUCAGUAUAUGAACUCGUACCACAUCCCCCGAGAGGUCCAGAACCGCAUCAAGACCUGGUACGACUACACCUGGAAGAUCCAGGGCAUGCUGGACGAACAGGAGCUGUUGAUUCAACUUCCUACUAAGAUGAGAAUGGACAUCGCUGUGGACGUCAACUAUGCCAUCGUCAGUAAAGUCGCCCUUUUUCAGGGCUGUGACAGGCAGAUGGUGUUCGACAUGCUGACGAGGCUCAAGUCUGUCGUUUACCUGCCCGGAGACUUUGUCUGUAAAAAGGGGGAGAUCGGCAGGGAGAUGUACAUCAUUAAACAGGGGGAGGUCCAGGUGGUGGGCGGUCCUGACCUAGAGAUUGUGUUUGUCACCAUCAGAGCCGGCUCGGUGUUCGGAGAGAUCAGUCUGUUGGCGGGAGGUGGAGGGAACAGACGAACGGCCAACGUGAAAGCUCACGGAUUCGCUAACCUCUUCAUCCUGGAUAAGAAAGACCUGGCGGAGAUCCUGGUUCACUACCCAGAGUCCCAGAAGCUGCUCCGCAAGAAGGCGAAGAAGAUGUUGACGAAGGACACGAAGCCGGAUGAGAAGGAGGGAGGUAAAGGGGCGGUGGAGGUCAUCCCACCCCGACCGGACACCCCCCAGAUGUUCAAGGCGGCGCUGAAGGUGGCGGAGCAGGCGGGAAUAGAGGGAACCUUCGUCAAACUGAAGAAGUCCUACAAAGCAUCUCUGACCACAGAGGCGUCCUCCUCCAUCUCUCCACUCCCACCUCCCUCUCCGACGCGCCACCGCUCUCCGGUCCCUCACUUCCUGGUUAAGGACGAAGAGGACGCGGUGGCGGAGACAGCUGACAGCUCCGUGGUCAUCAGGAUGACGCCGCGACAGGAAGGCGAGGAGAUGCUGUCUGUGGAGGUGCCGCACAAGGAGGGAGGAAAGGAGUGA